AGAAGAGCCGCUCUGUACCCUCCCCUCCUGCGGUACUUUGCCUUCGAUUUUUAAUGCGAGAAGAGUUCAGCACUCUCUUCCCUCUGUGUACACACGAACUAGCUCUAUCCACUGGGCCAGGAGCGGAAGCGAGAGAAAAACUCACUUUACAAGAAAAGCUCGCUUACGCCGGGAUUCGAACCCCUGACCUGACCUCUAGAAGGUUUCGAGGCUACCAACUAGACCACCGGGGCGACCGGCGUCAUGCAGUCAGGCGACCACACCGACACGAGUUCGGGCAGAACAAUGGCAUUAAUCCAAGCAGCAAUGUUUUUCAUCGUUUUCCAAGUGACGACAACCUGGUGGUUCGUUGUGGAUUAGGUCCAACACGUGGUGACAUCGUCCAUGCUGUUCGGCAUUGUUUGAGAUCACCCCCAAGGAUGACGUCAUCGAGAGGGCCAUCGAUUGUUUUCCCUAUUUUUAAUUCUGCAUCGGUUGGCGAAGACCAAGACGAUGUCGAGGCGUCCUUGGUGUCCCAGGGACACGGCACUAGCCUCGGAAAAGUCACUGGUGGCCCUCCGGGCCGGCAGUCUAUCGGCGGAGAUGGGCAAGAGACGGCUAUUGACGGGCAGACAUCUACAGCACCCAAGACUUGUUCCCAAGCUUAUGCUGGUCGUGCCGUUGCGCAAAACCUUUCGCAGCAAGGAUUGAUUUCAUCCGGUUUUGACAAUGGCAAUGGUACACUCAAGAUUGUUGCCGCUGCUGGUGCUGCUGCUCCUGGGGUAAAGGAAAGGGGGCAAGAUCAGCCCACAGAGUUGUACGGGCCUGCGGCUACUGCUUCUACCGCGACACAGUCGUCCCUAGCGUGCCACGGUAACAAUCGCGAGAAGCAACCCACAUCGUCCUGCAUAAAUCGUGCGGUGCAAGAUAACUGGGGCACAGUGUUCGUGGUAGGAGGCGGCCGACGGAGGAGGAGGACCGUUGUACGACAACGGUCAGUUGAGGUAGAAGAAACCCCUGCAGCAAGAAGAGCCCAAGUCGAGAAGGAGCGACAGGAGCGAAGGAAGGCAUCCCUACGCCGCCUGAUGGCGAGAAAGGAGCAGCGAGCCGUACAACAGGCCUUGGAGGAGAAGGAGGAGGAGGAGGAAGACAGAGAGGACGAGGAGGAGGGGCUCACAACACCGACAGGGUCCAAAGUAGAUGCUGUCGAAGCGAAAGAAACACGAAACAGAGGCGAUGCGAUUGAUGUACUCGAUAACGCCACGGAAAGAAGAAGACCUGCGCAUGGCAACGGCAUCGGCGAGGCUGGCUCUACUCCUGUGCCUGAAGACGGUGACUUUCAUGGUCCUUCAUUGGCUAAUCCUGGGUCCUCAACAACACCCAAAUCAUUUUUACGUGAGAACGUCGUCGAUCAGAAAAGCAAGGUGGCCGUAGCCUUAAACAAGCGUCGCGGAGAAGCAGAACGCCCUCCAAAGCAUCCGAACGCGGCGGCGGCCAUCCCGGUGCCCUUGUUUUCGCUCGAAAGUGGUAUGAGUGCAGACGCCGAUCCCGUGAUGAAUGACCACCAUAUGGUAGACAUGAAUACGGAAAAGGCAGGGACGAUGGGUCCUGGACCCGAUGAGUGGGAGGAAGUGAGUGGCCAACGGUAUGGUCCACAAGACGACGAUUGUGAUUCUGACAACACCGAAGGUUCCGGUGCUACACUCGAGAUACAGGGUCCUCUGCACGUCCAACCUGUUGCCGAAAACCGUCAGGCUAAGCAUAGAUCUGCUAAAAGAAGCACAGGCUACGGGUCACUUGUUACGGUAACGCCACAGCCGCCCAACUGUGAUGCUGGUGAAACGAAGCAAGGACGAAAGCCCGGGUUGAUUGCUUCGGCAAACGGCAUUGUUUGCGUGUCUGAUGUCGACCUUGCCGCACCGAGAAUGCCGCCUGGGCUGUCCCUCUCUGCACCCACGUUGGCUUGCCCUCGACUGUCGGUGUCAUCACCUUCGAUGGAUCACUGCAGUCCUUCCGAUGGCGAGACAGGGAAUGAUUGUGCAGAUGUUGGUGUCGAGCCCUUACUACCAGAACCGCCGGCACGGAGAAUGUACCCACCCGAAGGUCACAGCCAGGCAGCCGCCGGUCGCAAGGAGGGUACCGGCGACAAUUGGAAAGCGCACAGCAACCCGAAAGCGCAGGAUUGUCGCGAUGUGUCGAAACAAUCGUACAGCGCUGGCGACGAAAUCGUAGACAACACGUCCGCGAAGUUUACGGUUGAGCCGCGCCAUGCAUUUGCGACUGUUCCUCAAGGGCGUCGUCCACGAAGAAGUGGAACACCGCCGGUGACGGGCACCGGUGAUGAUGGUUCGAAAGCGACGUGUCUUCAAGUUGAAGUUCCCGAAACCCCCGGUGUUGCAGCGAGCGGUGAUGUUGCCGGCCACUUAAAACCGGUGGAGAAAGUACCCAGCAGCAAUACGUUGGCAACGUACACGGAUUGCUUUCCGCGUUUUGCGGCCAUCUUGUCGGCGCACCACAAUGGACGGGCACUCACAAGGCAAGCGGACUGCCGUAGCCUACCACUGACGUCUAAGAUCUUGUCCAGGGGAAAGGCGGAUGCCGGUGGGUCGGCAGCGAAUCGAAGAAGGAUAAAGGAGCUAGGACUUACAGGAGUGGAGGAGGAAGCAUGCCUCUACUGGCAGUGGAAGCUCUACAACAUACACGUGCGGGUCAUCAAGGACUACGCAGCGGUAUUUUCCUGUGGAGACGGCUGGUCAGGAACCGGCACAUCAGAUGCCUCCAACUCCCUUGUCUACAGUCAUUUUGAUUAUAAUCAAAUCCUCGCCUCACUGUCAAAAUGCUUGCUGGUAAGUGGUGACUCGUCGGCACUUCACUACCGAGUCAAUUCGAAGGCCAGGCCGGAGGUGUACAACAUCGUCACGGACGUCCUGAACAACAGGUGCCAGCAGUGGGAAGAAUUGCCGACGGGGUUGGGUCUGAAAACGACAUGGAAUCUCCUCUGGACAUGGUCAAAGCCCCACAUUCAGUACAGCAGCCUGUUGACGUGGCAAAAGGUAAUCACUGUUCUGUCGGUUCGCAGUAUGAGCGCAACAGAUGGAAAACACCCCAGACCGUCGCUGAACAAGAACCUCCUCAACAAGCACAUGUCCAGGUUCAUGGCCCCCGGCGGACGCCUUGCCAAGGAGUUCCACAUCAUGCCUCAGACCUUCGUCCUGCCUCACGAGUUUACACUCUUCGUCUCAGCCUUUACGUCGUCGUCAGGCAAACGAGAAAACCUGUGGAUCAUGAAGCCGGUUGGAAUGUCACGAGGGAGAGGGAUACGGCUCAUCGACGACAUCAAGGACAUCUGCUACGCGGACAAGGUGGUGUUGCAAAGGUACAUCGGGAACCCUUUGCUGCUGGACGGCUACAAGUUUGACCUCAGACUCUACGUUCUUGUCACCUCGUUCAACAAAUUGGAGGCUUUCAUCUAUAAGGAGGGUUUUGCUCGGUUAAGCACCCACCGGUACGAGAAGGGUGACAUCGACAACCGCUUCAUACACCUCACCAACAGCAGCAUCCAACGCCUGAACGAGGCAGGAGCUGCGCGAGACAGCCCUCUCAACCAGGCCAAGACCUCGGAAGCCGGUGGCACGAAGACGACUCUUUCUUACCUCUGGAGAAGGCUGGCCGCCUCGGGACUAGACGUCGGCGCGCUAUGGGCCGAGAUCUGUUCCGUGGUAGUUAAAAGCCUGGUCUGUGUCGAAAGCUCCAUACCGAAUCAACCAAACAGGCAAGUAAAGCUAAGACCUUGGCUGAUCGAGGUCAACGCGUCCCCGUCGAUGGCGCGCGAUACGCACGUUGAUCGCCAGGUCAAGGAGGCACUGAUCUUCGAGACGGUCCACCUCAUCGACCCCCUUCCCUUCGACAGGCAGAAGCUGGUGGACAUCCUGGGUAGGCGCCUGGAUGAAACCGAACACUCGAAGACGCGGGCAUUUAAGCAGCGACACUAUCCUCACCAUCAUCAGCAAGCUUUCGACACGACGGAGGUGCAAGGGGAUGCAAGGGCAGGGGACAACUUUCACCCAUCCCCUUCCGCGAAGGCGUCGGCGAAUAGGGAGCAUCAGCGCCCCCGGCGUACCAGGGGGUACGAGCGUACCGCUGGUUGA